AUGAAAAAUAUUUAAUACAAAAUUAAACAAAUAUAUAACGGUAAAAUAUUAACAGGAAACGCAUUUUGUACAACCCCACUAGAAAUAGCUAGAAAAAUCUCGAAAAAUAUAUCCGAAAAAGCCCUAGUAGCGAAAGUUCAAUAUUCCAGAAAAUAUCCAAACGUACUUACAUAAGGAUUACUUAUAAAUCCUGAAGAAGAAUUGCAUUCUGAAUGUUGUUUCCAUGAUCAUGAUAAAUACGAACUUAUAGAUUUAAAUUCAUACUUCGAAGGUGAUUGUAAGCUUGAGCUUUUUACUUUUGAAGAAAAAGAAGGACAAUAAGUUUUUUGGCAUUCUACAGCACAUAUUCUUGGUCUUUCUUUAGAAGAGCUUUAUCCAAAUGCAUUAUUAUGUACAGGACCAGCAGUAAAAGAUGGAUUUUUUUACGAUUUUUAUGUAGAUGAUCCUUAAUUUAAAUUAACUCCUGAAGAAUACCCAAAGCUAGAAUAAAUAGCUUAAAAAGCAAUAAAAGAAAAGCAUAUUUUCGAAAGAAUAUUUUUAAACAAAAAUGAAUGCAAAGAACUUUUUAAAGAAAAUACAUUCAAAUUAAAAUUAAUUAAAGAAAAAAUCCCAGAAAACGGAUACGCUUCAGUAUAUAAAUGCGGAAAUUUAAUUGAUUUAUGCACAGGACCUCACAUACCAAACUCAGGCUAUAUAAAAGCAUUUAAAUUAUAAAAAAAUUCAUCCUCCUACUGGCUUUCAGAUAAAAAAAAUUAAUCUUUACAAAGAGUUUAUGGAAUUUCAUUCCCAAAAGAAUCCCUAUUAACUGAAUUUUUAAAAAGGGAACAAGAAAAAGCAUAAAGAGACCACCGAAAUAUCGGAAAAAACCAAAAUUUAUUCAACUUUAAUGGUUAUGCAGCAGGAAGUGCUUUUUUUUUCCCUCAAGGUGCACAUAUAUAUAACAAAAUAAUGGAAACAUUACGCAAAUAAUAUAAACUGAGAAAUUACUAAGAAGUAAUAACUCCUAAUUUAUACAAUUGUGACCUUUGGAAAAUAUCAGGACACUGGGAUAAAUAUAAAGAAAACAUGUUCGUUAUUAAAAAUGAUGACGAAGUUCUUGGUUUAAAGCCCAUGAAUUGUCCUGGACAUUGUUUGAUGUUUUCUUCAAUAUAAAGAUCCUAUAAAGAACUACCUUUAAGAUUUGCAGAUUUCGGAGUUUUACAUAGAAAUGAAAUAUAAGGAAGUCUUUCAGGAUUAACUAGAGUAAGAAGAUUUUAAUAAGAUGAUGGCCAUAUUUUUUGUACACUGGAGUAAAUAUAGGAUGAAAUUUUUGAUUUUUUGGAUUUUUUAGAUUUUUUUUAUUCACUCUUUGGAUUUUAAUAUUCACUAGCACUAUCUACAAGACCUGAAAAUUAUAUAGGAAGUGAAGAAAUAUGGGAAUAAGCAGAAAAAUAAUUAGUUUUGGCCUUAGAAAAAUUCAAUAAACCUUUUAUUAUUAAAUAAAAAGAUGGGGCUUUUUAUGGACCGAAAAUCGAUGUUUCUUUACAUGAUACGCAUGAUAGAAACUUUUAAUGUGGUACUGUUUAAUUAGAUUUUAAUUUACCAGAAAGAUUUAAUUUAUAAUAUAGAGCAUAAGAUACUUCUAUUUAAGAAAAAGGACUAAAAUAGGGAUUUUUAAGACCUGUAAUACUCCAUAGGGCUGUUAUAGGAUCUUUUGAAAGAUUUUUAGGAAUUCUUUGUGAAUAAAAUGCUGGAAAAUGGCCUUUUUGGAUUUCUCCUUUUUAAUUUGUGGUUAUUAGUGUAGAUAAAAGUGGUGAAGAUUACGCCAAGAAUAUUUUUUAGAUUAUACAAAAAGAAGGAUUUGAAGCUUAAGUUGAUGUUUCAGAUGAUUCUUUGGGAAAAAAAGUUAGAAACUGGCAUCAUUUUAACUAUAUUGGCGUUGUUGGAAAAGAAGAAAUUUAAAAAGGAGAAAUCGAUAUUAGAAGCAGAGAUGGAAUUAGAUUAGGAAAAUUUACAAUAAAAAAUCUUAUCAUAUUCCUCAAAAAAGAAAAUGAAAUACCUAUAUCAAAAUAUGAAGAAAAACUUGAAUAAAAAAUAAAUACAUAUUCUUUUUAAAAUGAAGAUGAAAGCUUUUUAAAUAAUAUAAACGAAGAAUUAUUAAAUAAAAACUUCUUUAAUAAUGACGGGUAUACUAAAGGACCAAAAGAUGAUGAAAUUUAUGAAAAAUUAUAAAAAUUAGCCUUUUUUGAACCUUAAAAAUAUAUAAAUAUAAAAAGAUGGUUAAAAUAUUACAAAAAAUCUAAUUGA